AUGGUUGAGUUCCACAACCUCACUCCCCCUGGGUUUAUAAUCGACCUCCUUCACUUUUUGAAAAAUCUUAGACACCAUGCACGCUACCCCACCGUCAUCGAGGGCACAAUCAUCGGUGUUCUCGGGUAUCUCGCCCUGACCCGUCUCUUGCGCUGGCGAAGAUACAACGCCAUCCACCGGGAAUACAUGAAGAAAUAUCAAGAUGGAACGCUCAGCCCGGAAGAGGCCCAACGCGUUAUUCUGGUAUCGACUAGCUAUGACAUGCCAUUGCUGCUGAACUAUUCGCUGGCAUUCGCCUUGUUCAAAACCUAUGCGAUUCCAUCGAUAUCAAAGUUGUUGUCCGUGACUGGUGAAUUCAAGUCGGCAGAGACGGUUUCGAAACGUUAUGCGGAUACUGAGAUUCUGAUUGCUACCUGGGUGGCCUGCCCGAUUUCUGGCUUUCUGGACCCCAAUUUCAAGUCGUCAGAGAAUGGACCGUCCGCAGACGACCCGAGGGCUAUGAUUGCUCUUGCGAGAGUCAACUGGAUACACUCCCGGUACAGAAUUCGAUGGGCAGAGCGUUAUGGAUGGCGGAAGCUCUCCCCAAUGGAGUGUGAGGCGUUUUACGUCUUCUGGGCUGAAAUAGGGAGACGGAUGAAUAUGCGAGAUAUCCCCGAGUCUCGCGAAGAAAUGAUAGAAUGGAGUCGGGACUACGAGGUGAAGAAUAUGAUUCCAGCUGAGACUAAUAAAGAGGUCGCAGAGUAUACCAUGGCGGAGCUUCUCUCCGCUGUUCCGACACGUUUCGGCCUCCGGAGUUUCGCUGUCACAAGGGUGGCGCUUUGUUUGCUUGAAGAUAGGGUGAGGGUUGGGAUGAUGCAACCUGCUCAGCCAUAA